AUGAGUAGUGAGGCUUUUAGACGCCUAUCUUCUAUCCUUGAGGAAAGGGGAUUACUGCAACUGACAGUCAACCUUAAUGUUGACGAGCAAUUAUUCAUAUUCCUUACAAUACUGUGUCAAAACCAAACUAAUAGGGAAGCGCAGGACCAUGAGCAGUGCUUGGGCUCCACGGUAUCAGAGUAUUUCACAAAAGUACUUGAAGCGGUUUUCCAAUUAAAAGUAGACUUCAUACGGCAUCCAGAUUUUACUGCCGUCGAUCCUCACAUAAUUGCAGGUGGGAACAAGUAUUCACCGUGGUUCGAUGAUUGUGUUAGAGCACUAGAUGGUAUGCACGUUCCAUGUGUGUCUCCCCGUGAAACGGCCGAACUUUACAGAAAUAGAAAGGGAUAUUUCUCGCUUAAUGUGCUUACAGUUUGCUCAUUUGAUUUGAGAUUUACGUACAUGCUAUCUGGCUGGGAGGGUUCAGCACAUGAUGCGAGAGUACUUGCGUCCGCGUUAGAUCACCCGCGGAAACGAUUUUCGAUUCUGCCACCAGGAAAAUUCUACCUCGUCGACUCAGGCUACGCAAACAACGGAUGUUUCAUGGCACCAUAUCGGGGAACAACAUACCAUUUGCAAGAACUAUUAGAUCAGUACUCACAGGAUGGCGUUCCGGUUGCUGACAUUGAUCCAUAUAAUGUUGAAGAGGAUAUCAAUGACAAUAACAACCACGAAGGACAACCAUUGAAUAAUGAACCGGAACUGGAGAUGAAUGCGUUAAGGGAUGCAAGAGCGCAUACAAUGUGGGCAGUGUACCAUAAUCGUCGUACGGGCUAA